GAGCUACAGCUGCUCGAGCGGUGAGACAUGGCGGAGUUUGUAGUCUGACAGAAGGAGGCUCUCUGGGAGUUUGUAACACUUUUUGAACAUGUCGAAAAAAACUUGAUUUCGGGAUCCACAAAGCCUUCGUAACGUGCGCAGAGCGAAACUUAAAGAGGCAGGGACGUGUUUUUUUUUUUUUUUUUGUGUAUGUCGGGAAGCACGGAGCGGUGGCUGGGAAAAUGUGUUGUCAUCUUCGUGCAGUCAACAGCCUUGGGCAACAAAUAUGGCUACUUCUAGUGUAUCCUUCGAUUCGGGUCGAAAACCGUCCCAACUGGGUCGAGCAGGAUAGUUUCGGGGAGUCGCCACAGUUGUAGGAAGUGACUACCAGAAAGAUUAAAGAAGCUGGAUUCGUCCCAAGGCUGGUUUUAGAGCGACGUGAGAGAGGAGGGAGGGAGGGGGUGAAGAAGAAGAAGAAGGAGAAGGAGAAGGAGAAGAGAUGGAGCCCAAGCAUAAAGAGUUGUUAGAGAAAUGUUCCCAGAACUUGGUGGAGUCGAUAACAGAUGCGGACCGACUUGUGGAUGUUUUGGCUCACUGUGGGACCCUGAGCCAGUCCGAGCGCUUUGAGCUGGGACACAACUGCUCCUCGAACUCGGAGAAAGUGGACCUCCUUCUGAAGCUACUGAUGAGCAAGGACAGAGACCAUUUCGCAGAGUUUUGUUCGGCUCUGGAGAAGACUCACCCUCACCUGCACUCUGUGCUGCUGAACGGCAUCGGACCGGUGGAUCACACGACCGGAUCCACUUACAGCAUCUUGUCGACCAUGCCGUCCGACUCGGAGAGCAGCAGCUCCCUCAGCAGCUUAGGUACGCCCGGUCAAGCCUCCUCCCCUCCGCCCGCUCAUAUGGACAGCCACCAGGUGAACGAGAAGAUGGAGACGGUCCUGUUCCAGCUGCGGCACGUGACCCGCGAGCGGGACGAGCUCCGUAAACGCCUUGCUCUCUCCUCACCCGGAACCACCUUCGAUGACUGCAGACCAAGCUUAAAAGCGGGCCAUGACUACGAGCGUCUGAAGCUGCAGUGCAUGAAGGCGAUGGCGGACCUGCAGUCCCUGCAGAACCAGCACAGCACCACCCUGAAGAGGUGCGAGGAGGCUGUGAAGAAAGCCGACUUCUACCACACGCUGCAAAGCCGUCUGGUGAGUGAGCAGGCUCAGCUGAAAGAGGAGCUGGAGGCGGUGCGACAGGACAACAUCCAGCUGGUCAGAGAGCACAACCAUGUGAAGCAGGCCUGCGAGGAGCUGAGGAGGCUGCAUGAGGAUGACCAGAGGGAGUUGGCUGACAUGAGGAUGCUGCAUCAACAGGUGAUGAGAGAGGGCUCGCCUGACGUCCUCAACAAGCUGUACGACUCGGCCGUGGACAAGCUGGAGGCCAUGAAGAGCGACUACGAGGUCCUGAGGAAGCGCUACAAUGAGAAUACGGCCGGUCACAACGCAGACCUGAGUCGUCUCGACCAGGCCGAGGAGGAGAACCACCGUCUGCAGAAACAGCUGGACAUGCUGCUGAAGCAGAGAGACGCCGCCAUCCACUAUCAGCAGCAGUACUCCUCGUCCAUAAGAAGGUUUGACAACACGCAGCAGGAGCUGUCCAAGGCCGCGUCCCAGAACAAGGAGCUGCAGCGAGAGAUGGAGCGGCUGCAGUCGGAGGCGACGCGGCUGAAGACGCAGCAGCUCAAGGCGGUAAAAGACUCUGAGAAAUACAAGGAGGAGCGGGACUCUGUGAUCAACGAGUACCGCCUCAUCAUGAGCGAGCGGGACCAGGUGAUCAAAGAGGUGGACCGGCUGCAGACGGGGCUCGAGGUCGCAGAGGCAAAGCUGAAGAACAUCUCAGAGAGACAGGUGGCCAACGAGGAGCUGGAGGCUCUCAGACAGGAGCUGGCCUCGGCGCUUGUGGACAGAGAUCGAGCCAUCUGCGAGAAGAACGAGCUGCUGGAGAAAUACUGCCACGAGGUGAAGGACAAGGCCGAAGCGAAGAAGGAGCUGAGCCAGGCCUGCAAGGACAUCGAGACGGUACGCGAGGAGAGGGACGUGGCCCGCACGGAGAGGACGGAGGCCAUCAUCCAGCGGGACCAGCUGCUGCGAGAGUAUUACCAGGCCAGACAGAAACAAGACUCGGCCACUCUGGACAUGGAGCGAGCCAACAAAGAGAUCGACAUGCUGAGGAAGCAGUACGAGGCCAUCUCUCAGGAGCUGAAGGAGGCCCUGCAGGAGGCAGAGGUGGCCAAGUGUCGCCGGGACUGGGCCUUCCAGGAGAGGGACAAGAUAGUGGCAGAGCGGGAGAGCAUACGCACGUUAUGUGACAACCUGAGGCGAGAGAGGGACAGAGCUGUGAGUGAUCUGGCAGACGCCCUGAGGAAUCUGGAUGACAUGAGGAAGCAGAAGAACGACGCUGUGCGGGAACUUAAAGAACUAAAAGAGAAGAUGGAGGACCAGUUAGAAAAAGAGGCCAGGUUUCGUCAGCUGAUGGCCCACAGCUCUCAUGAUUCAGCCAUCGACACGGACUCAAUGGAGUGGGAGACGGAAGUUGUGGAAAUUGAAACGCACAGAGACAUGGACUUGAAAGCACUUGGGUUUGAUAUCGCUGAAGGGGUAAAUGAUCCUUAUUUACCAGGAGAUUGUGGCAUAUUUGUCAGUAAGGUGGAUAAAGGAAGUAUUGCUGAGGGAAGGUUAAGGGUUAACGAUUGGUUGUUGAAAAUAAAUGACGUGGACCUGACCAAUAAGGACAGGAAGCAGGUGAUCAAAGCGGUUCUGAGCGGCGAGGGAGUGAUCAACAUGGUGGUCCGCAGGAGGAAGUCACUGGGAGGACGAGUCAUCACUCCCAUCCAGAUAAACCUGAGCGGACACAAAGACUGUGGCAUCGGGCUGGAAGGUGGAGUGUUUGUUGCCUCUUUGGCUCCAGGAAGUCCAGCUGCCAGAGACUGUGCUCUCACUGUGGGGGACAGACUGUUAGCUAUCAAUGGAAUUGCCCUCGAUAACAAGUCGCUCUCUGAAUGUGAGUCUCUGCUGAGGAACUGCCAGGAUUCUCUGAGCGUCUCCCUCAUGAAGUUCCUGCCACAGAGCUGCUCUGGCCAGAGUUUGGUCGAAAGUUUGAGGGACUCUGAAAAGAUCUCUCGUCUCCAAUCCUGUGAGAUGCACUCUAGGAACUGCAGGAACUCCAAGCACAACUGCUCCAAGCACAACUGCUCGACACAAACGGAGACCUGCAGCUGUGACUUGGGCGACAGGGGGGAAGAGGCAUGUAAAGACAUGGGAACCCUGGAAAGCAGCGGCGGCAGCGCUCACUGCCACAACAAGCCUUUUUCCAACAGCUCUCUACACUCCCGCUCUCUCUCCUCACACAGCCCCUCCGAGCCCCACCCAGACUUCUGCUACAUGCGGCAGGAGCUCCACCAUCGCCCCUUUACCUUCACCCCGGUGUUCUCCAACUGCAGCUCUCCUCAGGCCCCUGUGGAGCACGUGCAUAGCCCCCCGGUGAAGCCAAGCGGAGGCACGUGGCCUAAAGUCUUAGCAGGAGCGUCGAAUCCAGAGUGCGCACAGCUCUCCAUCUACAAAAUCAAACAGAGGAAAUCCAUCUUUGAUGUGACCGCCUUCAGGAGACCCGAGGUGCCCCCAAAACUAGACUACAUGUCUCUGUCUCAGAUGCCAAAACACUCGCCGCAGAGUUCAGUAUCGGAAUGUGCCCAGACUCCUCCCACCCCGCCGACCAGGAGCGACUCUUUCAGGUUCAAACACCGGCAGCAGAACAGCUCAGCGUCUGAUUCCACCAUCACCACCGGCACUCCUCCGGCCUCACCGGCUCAAGCUAAGAUCCCACAGGUGGAAGGAGAGGCCGGGAACCAGUUUUAUUUCACCCAUGCUCCUCCAGGAGAGACUAAGAGUGGCGCUAAGAAACCCGCCGAGGUGGAGGGGGGUCGACACAGAGCAGGGGAGCCGCCGAAGAGGAGGUACCGGCCGAAAUCUGCUCCAGCACUGCGGCGAAAUGUGACUCCGUUACACAUCCCUGUUCCAAUGCAGGUUCAGAGUUUCUCAAACGAUGAGCACUCCCCAGAGCCAAUGGACUUGUUACGCUUCUCUCCUUUGAGAACUAAUCGGUACAGCAUGAACUUUGCACCUCCCAGCUACAACAGCAUCGCAGGACACCCAGCACAGCGAGGUCUAGCCCCGUGUCCGGCUGUGACGGCUGUGAUGAGGAACCUCUACACCGCCUGGAGCCACGAGAUCCAGAACAACAACAACUGCCCUCCAGCUCCCGGCUCAGGGGUCCACCAGCAAGCACACGCAAGCCCCCAGCAUCAAGGUCGCCACAGUCUGGACCUAAGCCACAAGCGCACUGGAGACUCAGCUGAGACGAGCUGCAGCCAACCACCACACAGCACCAACUCUCUGCCCUCUAGUGCCAGACUGGGAUCUUCCAGUACAUUACAGUUUCGUGCAGAGCGCAUUAAGAUCCCUCCAGCUCGUUAUCCUCGCUCCACUGGAUCUGACAGAGGGUCCCUCUCACAUUCAGAGUGUAGUAGCCCGACGCCUCCAAUGUCCCCCAUCAACCUGGAGACAUCAUCUUUCACCAGCAGCCAAUCGCAGAGCUCCAUCUCCACCCAGCCCAGGAUAUCAGUCAGCCCCGCUCCAGUUGGCGACAGGCGGAAGGAUGGGCCGUACUUGGAGGAGCCACGCAAUGUGACCGUCCAGAAAGGAGCAGAACCUCUGGGGAUCUCCAUUGUGAGCGGUGAGAACGGGGGAGUGUUUGUGUCCAAAGUGACGGCGGGCAGCAUCGCUCACCAAGCUCGUUUAGAGUACGGAGACCAGCUCCUCGAGUUUAACGGAAUCAACCUACGCAAUGCCAACGAGCAGCAGGCCCGGCUGGUGAUUGGGCAGCAGUGUGAUACAGUCACUAUUCUGGCUCAGUACAAUCCUCACAUGUUCCAGCUGGGAAACCACUCACGAUCAGGUUCUCGUAUGGAGUCCAUCAGCAACCAUCCGAUUUUCCAUGGCAGUGGAGCCACGACCCCGGACAAUCACGCGGAUACUCUGAGCGAGCAGGACGAGGGAACCAUGACGCCGCCGUCCAAACAGACGACUCCCGCCACCAGCCCUCACAACUCCUUCAGACUUCCAGGUUCAGGUUCACAUCGCGCCGCAGAGCAUCGCCUGGUGAGGCUGAAGAGGAUCCAGGCGGAGCUGGGGGUUCAGAUCUGUGGAGGAAACCUGCACGGCAUCUUUGUGGAGAGUCUGGAUGAGGACAGCCCCGCUAAGGAUCCUGAUGGCCUCAUACCUGGAGACAUGAUACUGGAGUACAAUGGUGUCAGCAUGAAGAACAAAUCUAAAGAAGAGGCUUACCUGGAAAUGUUGAAACCUGCCGAAACAAUCACCUUCAAGGUCCAGAACUGCGUCAACAGCCUCCCUGCCAUCAAAGACACGCACGGCGAUGGAUUUUACAUAAGAGCACUUUAUGAGCGUGUGGCGGAGGUAGAGCAGGAGCUGGGCUUUAACAAAGACGACAUUCUGUAUGUAGAAGAUACGCUACCAAACGGCAACUUCGGCUUCUGGAUGGCCUGGCAACUGGACGAGAAUGCACAGAAACUGGGGAAAGGGCAGAUUCCAAGUAAAUAUAUGAUGGAUCAGGAGUUCUACAGGCGACACAGCUCUGCCGAUAUAAAAGACGACAACGGCACCGGUAAGACUCUGUCGGCAGCUGCACGCAGGUCUUUCUUCCGACGAAGGUUGAAGCACAAGCGAAACGGCUCUAAAGACGGGAAGGACCUGAUGGCUCUGGAUGCCAUCAGCACGGAUUCCUUACCCAUCACAGAGGACGGAGUGAGUCUGAUGUACCAGCGGGUUCAGAGGGUGGAGUGCUCGUCCCCCAGACCAGUGCUGGUUCUGGGUCCGUUAGUGGAGGCCAGUAAGGACAUGCUGGUGAAGGAGGCUCCUGACAAGUUCUGCCGCUGUCUGCCUGAGAUCAUGAAGGCAUCUCAGCAGGCUAUAGAGCGCGGAGUGAAGGACUGCGUGUUCAUCGACUACAAACGCAGGAGCGGCCAUUUUGACGUGACGACGGUUGCAUCAAUCAAAGAGAUCACAGAGAAGGACAGUCACUGUUUACUUGACAUUGCCCCUCAUGCCAUCGAACGUCUCCACAGCGUUCACAUCUACCCAAUCGUCAUCUUCAUUCGCUACAAAAACGCCAAGCAGAUAAAAGAGCAGAAGGAUCCUCUGUACCUGCGGGAUAAACUCUCUCAGAAACAUUCCAAGGAGCAGUACGAGGCGGCUCAGAAAGUGGAGCAGGAGUACAGCCGCUUCUUCACAGGCGUCGUCCAAGGUGGCAGCGUCGCCUACAUUUGCACUCAGAUCAUGACCAUCGUGGAGCAGGAGCAGAGCAAAGUUCUGUGGAUUCCGGACGGAGCAGCGUAGAGAUCUCUCACCUCACUCACCUCACUCUCACCUCGCAUCACACGCCUCUCUGAAACGUCGCAGAGGAUGUGAUUUAUUUUUUAUUUUUUUUAUUUUGGGAAACACAGAGAAACGGUACAUCUAACAGACAUCACAGUUAACGCCAAUGCUUUCUCACAUUUAGAAAUAUUCAGCACUGAUGAAGAGGAUCAUGAAUUAAUCCCACUACAACAGUGAUGUCCUGUACAGAUAGAUUUGUUUACACUAGUAUUUCAUACUUGAAGGUUUUCCUAGUAUGUAGUAGCACUCCUUUAAUCCCGCUCUGCCCUGUGAACACGUCGGACCACAUGAAGUCUGCAUCUACGUUAUAUGAAGACUUUAUUUUUAAAGUGAUGGUAAAAGUGGACCACCUCUUUAUAUUUAUACAUAUUUCCUGCCAUUUAAUUUAUCUAAUCAAUCAAAGAUGUUGCUUAUAAAACUUUGAUAUACAAAUGUAGCUCUGUAGUUAACAGGUAGGAUGAUAUUUCAGAUAAUGGUCUUAUUUAUAGAGGAGUAAUUGGGACAAAUAUUCUUCCUCUUCACAUAAUGUUGUAGUUUCCUGUUCUAUCUUGACCUCAUUUCAGCCCUCAGUACGAGAUUGUGCCAAUUAUAACUCUCCAUUAUUGGAUGCAUUAACACUAAAAGUCUAAUCAAACAGUAGGUAUGUUCGUUUGUCCCAGGUUGUGUGUUCUACAGUUUUGCCAAAACGUGUUCCUUUUUGGCUUUUUAAGAAGGGAUAUUUUUAUUUCUGGUUCAUGGUUCAACUAAACACAUACACAUCUGCUGUAGAUCACGUUGUCAACAUUUCAUGUCGCAGUUUGGAUCAAAUACUUUGAGGCAGGUUUUCUCCUAAUGAAGGUUAAUAUUUCUAUAAAAUAUUAAAAACAAAACUGUUAUUGUAA